AUGGAAUAACAACAAGUUAAACCCCUUCAAUAUAUACAAAAUGUUGAUAAUAAUAGCGCAAGUGAAACACUUAGAAAUUUAGAUGAAAAUUCUAUGAGGGAUGGAGCUAUUAUUAGAGGAGAAAUGUUCUCAGAUACUUAUAGAAGAUCUAUUUUGAGUGAACUUAUGAUUCUAAAAAAUAAGUAAGACGAUGAAGAUUAUAAACCUGAUUAUAGUGAAAGCUGUGAGCUGGGCUAUAUUGAUAACAAUAGAUAAAAAUGUUAGGUUUCAGAAAGUAAUUCCUCAAAGUAACAAUAGUCUCAAAAUGAUGAUAAAAAAACUGGUAAUAAUUAUAAGUAAUCACCAAAUAUUUUACAAUUUGAGGAGUCUUCGUUUUUAGAAAGAGAUAAUAGCUUAUCUAGCUAUGAAUCUAGCAGUAGUAGUAAUAGUGAAAAUGAGGGAGCUAAUCCUUAAAAUAAUGAAGGCACUCACUAAUAGAUUUAAGAUGAGUCUAUGUACGAUAGGACUAACGUUUAAAAUUAUUCUAGAUACUAGUAUUCUUUUUACAAUAGAAAAUCCAACAAUCCAGUUCACAAUCAAAUUAAUUUGGUAAAUGAUAAUAAAUAAGGAUAGCAAAAAUUAGAUAGUUUGCUUUUCUUGUAACAAAAUUAAAGUAAUUUAGUUAAUGGAUAAGUAUCUGAACAAAAUCAUUAAUCAGAUUUAGAUUUUAAAGCUGGCUAAGCCAAUAGUUAAUAAAAUUAAAAUAUGAUAUUGAGUGGAUAAAGUAAGAAGAUAGCUAACAAUUAGAAUAUUCAAGAUUCCUCUUCUUAGCAUCUUAAAUUUGGAAUCAAUUAAGGUCACAAUACAUCUUAUGAUUAUGGCUCUCAAAUGUAAAAGUCGUAGGAAUUGACAGUAGGACUUGCAUAGUUAAAACAAUAAAGCUUGAACUUACUUUUGAAGGAUCCAAGCUAAAAAAAUACUAAUAAAUAUUCAAUUUAAAAAUAUUAAGAAAACAAAAGAAUUUCUUAUAACACAGGAAGUAGGAAAAAAAAGCAUCACGUCAAAAAUUACCUUUCAUUAAUGUGCUAUGUGAAAAGAUUUACAAAUAUUUUAAAAACUGUAUCUACAGCAUAUAAAUUUCGUAGUAUGAGUAAAAAAAACUUUGAAAUUAUUGGGGACUUAUCUAGUAAUUAUAGAUUUUACAAAUUAAGUUAGUACCUUUAAUAAGAUGAGCCUGUUUGGUAUGAAAAAUUUUGGUACACACUAAAAAAGCUAUGCCGUACUUUGAUUUGGAACCCAAUUAACGAAUGGAACUGUACUAAAUUCUUGAUAGAGAGUUUUUAAAAUCGUAUUUAAGUUAUAUAACCAGAAUCUACUUUUAAAUAGUACUGGGAUUUUUUCAGCAAUAUUUUUUUUAUAGUAAAUAUUUUUUAUAUACCUGUGCGGGUUAGCUUUGAUUUUACGAAUGUUGCAUACCCAUCUAUCCCUAUCACCUUUAUUUUAUAUUAUUUACCUCCAAUACUUUUAAUUAUUGAAAUGAUCCUUAAAUUAAACACUGCUAUCUACAAAUAAGGAAUGACAACUUCUAAUAGAUCUUAAAUUUUUUAUCAUUAUAUGAAGUCUGAAUUUAUGAUAGAUUUUAUAAUUUGCUUCACGCAGAUAUUGUCUAUAAUUCUAAAUAUAAUAGAACUAAAAUCGUUUAUUAUUUUUCGAUACAGGUAAGUUUCUAAAGUACUGAAUUAAAUGGAAGAAAGAUUAAAUUUAAAUGAAUAAUAAUCAGCAUAUUUGAAUCUAUUUAGGUUGGUUUUUAUGAUAGUAUUUAUUGCUCAUAUCUGCGGCUGUAGUUUUUAUCUAGUUACUAAAAUAGAGAGAUUUUAUGGCCUUACUGGGUUGUGGACUGAGAGAAUGGAGAUCACAAGUUACACAAUUGUAUAGCAAUACAUAACAUCUUUGUAUUGGGCGGUCAUCACAAUGAUUACACUAGGGUAUGGUGAUAUAACGCCUUAAAAUACAACAGAGAGAGCUUUUGUUAUUUUGAUUACAAUGGUUUCAUGCGGUACUUUUGCAUAUAGUAUCAAUGCAAUUGGGCAAAUAGUUUAAUAAAUUGGAAAAAAAGAAAAUGAAGAAAGAAAAUAAAUAAAUAUGCUCAUGAGUCUAAUGAAAAACCGUGGACUGACUAACCUUUAGCUUUUGAUGAAAAUACGUAGAAAUUUUUAAUAUCUUCUAGAGCAAGAUUCAGAAAAUAACUAAGAAGGUGUUAAAUUCUUGUAAUAAAUAGAUCCUAAUUUAAAAAAUGAAGUUAUGAGAGAUAUUUAUGGAAAGAUUUUAUCUAAGAAAAAAAUAUUUCAUCUAAAUUUUUCUAAGAAUGUAAUAGAUAGUCUUUGUUUAAAAUUAAGAGAGUAAACGUUUGGACCUGAAGAUGUCAUAAUUAAGGAAAAUGAAUUAGUAAAAUCUAUUUAUUUUGUUAUGUCAGGAGAAGCUUAGGGCUAUAUAAAUGUAUCGUCUAAAUUCUAAAAAUCAGAAACAACAUCUUUUACUGACAACACAAUUUCAGUUUUAAGUAAAUUCUAGAAGGGAGAUAUCUUUGGAGAGAAAGCUUUUUUUAGAAAUUAAUUAAGCGAGUAUGGAGUAAAAGCAAGGACUAUAGUUACUGUGGCCUACUUAAGGAUGGAUGACUUCGUUGAAUGCUUAAAAGAGAAAGAAGAAGAUUUUGAAAAAUUUUGUUUGCUUAGAGAUAAUUUGCAAAUAUAUAAUAUUAGUAAAGGUCUUGAAAUAAAAUGCUUUGGAUGUAGCUAAUUUACUCAUACAAUCGUUAACUGCCCACAUAGUAAAUAUAAUCCUGAUUAUGAUAAAAUUUUAUAUUUAAAUAACAGAGAAGUAUUCUAAGAAAGAUAACAAUACAAACGCAGUAAAUAGAGAUCUGGGAAUACGAUAUCAAUUGCUGAUGAAAUAUAUAGUUAAGGUGUCAAAUUUAUGAUGGAUUAUUUUAGCAUUGAGACUCUUUAGAAUUAUUUUGAAGAAAAAGAGCUCGCAUAAGUUUAGCAUUUGGGCACUUUAAACAAGUAGCAAUAUAAUGAAGCUAUGCUGUUACAAUAAAAUUAAAUGAAUAUCUAACUUGAUAACUUUGGAUAUAUUAGUGGUAGUAACCCGAAUUACUCUCCAGGUAUAAAGGCACAAUAACUUAAGAUACUUCAAUAAUAAAUGAAUUCAAAAGACUCUGAAUAUAUAAUCAGCCCUGAAUAAAUUAUUUCUUAACAGAAUUUUUUACUAAAUGCUAAAAAUUAAUAAUCAAAUGAGUAAAGAAGCAGAGAUCUCAGCGUAAUAUAAGACGAGCCAGAAAAAUCAUAGUUUGUUUCAGAUUUAGAAGAUUUUAAUAGAGAAAGAGGAGCAAGUUCAUCUAUUUAGAAAUUCUCGAGCUCAAGGUUUUAAAAUGAAUUAAUAAAAUACGAGUUGUAGCAGCAGCAGCAGUAGUAACAGUAACAGUAAUAAUAGUUUGCGUAGCAGUAAUAGGUAGUUCAGUUUGCUAAGCAAAUAAAACCUAUCUCACUAAAGAGAAUUGAUAGUAAUGAUUAAACAGAAUAACCAAAUAAUUACUAUGGCUAUUACGAUCAAAAUAUACUAAACUAUUUAACUCCAAAAAAUAGCAAUAAAUCAACUGGAAAUGCAUACGGUUAAAUGAAAGGUUAACCAAAUUCUUUGCUAUCCUAGUUUGCUCUUAAUCAGGAUUCAAACCCUUCUAAUUUUAGAAGCAGCAUAUCAAAUACUCCAAGCAAUAAUCCGAAUAUUAUGAAAACUGCUAUUCAUAGAGAUUCGAUCCUAAUGGAUAAAGAAAAAAUGAGCUAUUUGUAACCUAGAUAAAUUAGAAAUAUUACAAUUGAGUAAAAAGAUGACAGUGAUAAUGAUGAAGGUGAAAAUAAAAAUUUAAAGAAGAGAAUGAGCUAAUCAGCAGUUUCUAAUAAUGCAAAUGUGUCUCCUGAUUUAACUAGCUUAGAUAAUUAAAGGUCAAGUAGGCAUAGAGACUCCUCUAGCCAGUGGAAUACAAAAAAAUCAGCGGUUAAUUUUCAGACAAUAAAUUAGAACUGGCUAGAUAAAAACCAGUUCUUUACGAUCAACAAUUUUGAUCUAGCAAAAUAAUUUAAAAUAUAUUUCACACACAAUAAUCAGACAAAAGUGAUAUAGCACUAUACAUAAAGAGUAAUGAAAAAACUCUAAAAACAGAACUAAUAAAGCAUAAAUAACAAAGAGGAUAUUUAAAAAAUUAUUAAAUCCUAUCAAAGUACUUUAUUAAAAUCUCCAAAAAAAAGAAAUCAGACUUUAAUGGAUAAAAAAUCUAUAUUUACUAUUUAUAAAAGCGAAGGUUUAUUGAAAAAAAAAGAUACUGACUUAGAAUAUUCUUAAAAUAAAAAUCUAGAUUAAUCAUUUAAAUAAAAUAGCUCCAUUAACCAUGCUAAUAAUUUAUUAGAAUCUUAGGCAAUUAAUAUGGAUAAAAGUGAAUAAAAACAUAAUAAUAGAAAUAAGAAGAUUAAUUUAUUAGAAAAUAAUGGUUAUCUAGUCAAUUAACAAAAAUUAGUAAUAAAGGAGCUAAAUUUGAAAACUCAUCAAAUAUUCUAGUUAACAAACGAAAUUGUUAAUAAAAGCUUUUAAAUAUUUUCUUAAUAAAAUAUUCAAAGUAUUACUCGAUUAUAAGACAAAAACAAUGAUAUAUAAAAUUACUAAAUAAAUAAUUUAAAUUGA